AUGGACGACUUGGGGAAAAUCUGGGGUCUGGAGAAGGUUUGCCGUGCGAGCUUCCUUCGCCGUGGUCAAAUCAUCUUCUCCCCUAGCACCGUAGUCUGUUUCUGCGACGCGCAGACGCCUCCAGGCUGGCUCGCUCGCUAUGCGCGGACUCGGGCUCCUGCCAAAAAGCUCGACUGCACUCGUGAUCAUCAGCGAUCCUGUGCGAGCAAUUUAUGCACGCUGACUUUCCGCUCACCAGCGCGUGGCAACCAGACGGGCCAUGCAAUGCUGGUCGCCUGUCCGGCACAGCAGACUCGCCCAGGCGGUAGUGGCAGCAGAGACGAGCCGAUGAUCGGCUUGCCAGACGAUGUUGACCAGCAGCGACAGCCAGGAAUCGGCGGCUGCAGCAGCGAGCAGAGCCAGUGCCACCGUGUCCAGCAGAGUGGACCAGCGUGGUAUCUGGUAUCAGCGUUGCAGUGCCGCUGCCGCUGCCCGGGCGAACACACCCCGAUACCACGUCUGCUGCAAACUGCCCGUUCCAAAGCUUCCAUGCCGCCGCAGCGUCAUUCAGUGGCAACGACGGGCGAAUCAAGCAGCCAUCGUUUGGGCAGAGUAACGCGGACUCGAAUGAUAUGCCAAGCCUCUCGUUGCGGAUACCCACCACCGCCAGCAGGGAAAACAGCAGCAGCAGCAGUAGUUGCUCGCUCCGUCUGGAACAGGAGCAGCGCCGGCAGCGUGCAUUGGCCUGCGGAACCUGCAGUCUCACAGCACGCCUGGGCAUGGACUACUCUCGCGCGCGGUGUCGUUGACCCAGACUGUCUGUCGCAGGGUGCUUCAUGCAAACGCUGGUACUUGUGA